UGCUGCCUUUAUGUGCUUUUUGGAGCAUCAACAUUUUAGUCAUUAUGGCAUGAGGGGCAACAUGGUGAAGUCCAACAUUGAUAAGAAGUUCUCGGCUCACUAUGAUGCUGUGGAGCAAGAGCUCAAGUCCAGCACUGUGGGUCUCGUGACUCUGAAUGACAUGAAAGCAAAACAGGAAACUCUGGCCAAAGAACGUGAGAAACAGCUUGCCAAGAAAGAGCAAUCAAAAGAGUUACAGCUGAAACUGGAAAAACAGAUGGAGAAAAAAAGUAAAGAAGAGCAAAAAAGAAAGAUUGCCAGUAUAUCCUUCAAUCCGGAUGAAGGAGAGGAAGAAGAGGAGGAAGAUGAAAUUGAAGAGGAGAUAUGUAUGGGACUCUGCUUUUCAUUAAAGGGAUAGUUCACCCUGUCAUCAUUUACUCACCCUCAUGUUGUUCCAAACAACACACUAGGGUAAUGUCCCAAGCAGCUUUGUUUUCCAUACACUAAGUGUUGCAGCUGUGGUUACUAUUCACUUUCAUUGUAUGAAAAAAAAAAAAAUGCUUGGAUAUUCUGCUAGAUAACUCCUUUUAUGUGACUAAAUGAUGACAGUUUUCAUUUACUGUAAUGAUGAAAUAUGUAUUAUUGUGUUUACCAGACCUACCUAUAAAGAAGAACAAACUGGGGAAAAACCCAGAUGUUGACACAAGUUUCCUGCCAGACAGGGACAGAGAGGUACACAACUUGCUCUCUGUUAUGUAGUUACACAUGUAUAGC